CCGACUCUCGCAUUGUGUUCAGACGCGCGUCGAGUGCGUUCGUCGAGUGUUCUGUUUGUAUCCGAAUCAGAAGUUCUAUCAACUUAAUCAAGUGCAAGUCAUUCACACCGAAAACUACUGAAUAAGUAGUUCAGAAUUAUAUUAUAAAAGAUAUAAUAUAUAACUAAAUGUAAACAAAGUGAUAACAAUGAUAUAAAUAUACAAUUAUAAAACUUUGUGUUAAACACUCAAAAGGUUCAAAACAUCAGAUAUUAGAUUUUUCUGCUUCAAAAGUUAGUAAAAUUGAAGAAAAGUGAGAGAUCAUGGCCUCAGUGGCGUGCGAUGUGGUCACCGUCGCUCUCGCCUUCCUCGGCGCAUGGUGUCUGUUCUGUUUCUUGAAGGACACACUCGUGGUGCUCCUGCAGACGGUUCGCGGCCACCUCGCGCCUUACCUGCUCGCCGGUUACGAAGAGUCGACGGUGAAACGCUUUGGCGAAUGGGCUCUGGUAACUGGAUGCACAGAUGGCAUUGGUAAAGAAUAUGCCCGACAAUUAGCAAGCAGAGGACACAGCAUUAUUCUCGUUAGCAGAACGGAGAGUAAACUUCAAUCAAUUGCACAAGAACUAGAACAAGCAUAUUCAGUUAAAACAAAAAUGAUCCAGGUGGAUUUUUCAGAAGGGCGAACAGCAAUCGAAAAAGUUCGAAAAGAAGUUGGGAAUAUUCCAGUGUCAGUAUUAGUUAAUAAUGUUGGUGCGCAAUAUGACCAUCCAAUGUACGUCGGUGAGGUUCCAGAACAUGAAUUAUGGAAUAUUGUGCAUCUAAAUGUCGGAGCUCUGACGAUGCUUACAAGAAUAUUUAUCAACGAUAUGUUGAAACGUCAACGCGGCGCCAUUGUGAAUGUUUCAUCCGGUGCAGAAUUGCAACCUUUGCCGCUGAUGGCCUCGUAUGCAGCUUCAAAGGCGUAUGUGAAAAGUUUUACACAAGCACUACAAUAUGAAUACCGCCGCUCGAAUUUGACUAUUCAACACUUGUCGCCGAUGUUCAUCAAUACGAAAAUGAACCAGUUUAGCAAACGUCUUCAGAAGAACAGUUUUUUCGUACCAGAUGCAAAGAUGUACGCUGAGUACGCUGUGUCAACGCUUGGAAAAGUAGAUCAUAGCACAGGAUACUGGACACAUGGCAUACAGUGCUUCUUUACGAGAGUGCCGCCAUCAUGGUUGCGCUUACGUAUAGGAGGACAACUAAAUGCAACAUUCCGAAGAGACUACUUUAAGAGUAUACGGAAAUGAUUUAUUAUAAUAUUAUUAUAAUAUUUGAAAAGAUAUAAAUACCUACAAUCAGUGGCGUCAGGUAAUGUCAUGGGCGUCGAGCGUAUCAACAGUACAAUUAAGUUUUGCAACAAUUUUUAAGUAUUUAUAAAAUACCUUAAAAUUUUGCCGAUUUUGUGUAAGACAGGAGAUUCUAGGAUAUUACCUCUAUUACGGCCUAAUAUACGCAGCUACGCCACUGUCUACAAUGGUUUAAUUAUAUCUAAGUACUUGUUUAAAAAGGGAGAAUUGUAAAUUUAUUAAAUUUUAUAAGCUUUGUUUGUACAUAUCUAGUCAAUUUUGUAGACGUAUAAUUCUUGAUUAAUGAAUAAGUUUUGGAAAUAGCCAUGACCAUUUGGUACAUUACAUUGUUGUUUGUAUUUUGUUUGCUAGAGUGAUGUUUUGUUAAUGAGAAACAUUAUAAACGUUUGAAACUGUA